AUGUCUUGGCUAAUAGGCUCUGUGGCUCUGCAUCAUGGAGACUGCAGCCGAUGCAGUCCAAGCCGAGCGUGUAUAAGACCGCAGUGCAAUGCCUGUUCGAAACAUCAAGCUUGCUGUCUGUUUCGCUGGCGACUUCGAUCGAUUGAUACCAUAGCAUUCGCUGGACGUUUCUCCAUCAUGAAGAUCACCACAUUCUUCAAAGCAGCUUCGCUGCUGUCCUCUCUUUUUGCCUCCUCUGUCGACGCUCAAGCGGCAACUUACACACAUGCUAAGACUGGCAUCACCUUUUACAAACAGACUAUACCUGAAGCUCAAACCAAAGGUGGAUUCGAAUGGGGCUAUGCACUGCCAGCAGCGGCCGGCGGAAACAACGAUGAGUACAUCGGUUACAUUAAAGGUCCUCUGAACGCCGGUAAGCAAGGAUACUCUGGUAUCAGCCACGUUGGAGCUAUGCCCAAUUCACUUCUCCUCGUGGCUUGGGCAGAGGGCACAGCUGUCAAGACCGCGUUCACCUUUGCUGCCGCCUACUCCCAGCCCGUGAAAUAUACGGGAAACGCUACCUUGACCCAACUCAACGCUACAGUCACAGACACCAGCUUCGAACUGGUCUACCGCUGUCAAUGGUGUUGGGUGUGGAACCAGGGGGGUGCAACAGGAUCACAGCUGCCGACUGGAGAAGUUCAAGUCAUUGGAUGGGCUCAACACAGCAAAGCAUAUGAUCCAGCCGCAAUUGUGCAGCACGACAAUGGGCAAUCCAUUUUCGGUAUCAGCGUCGCUCCAGCUAGGAACGCAAAGUACUCAGACUGGGUUAAUCUGCCCCCAGUGGGCGGUGGUGCUACCCCUACUCCCUCUUCUACUCCCUCGUCCACAGCUGUCGGCCCGGCAGCUUGCACUGGCAGCGCUGCUCCUAAAGAUUCAUACGAUUACAUCAUCGUCGGCGGCGGUGCUGGCGGUAUUCCAGUAGCCGAUAAGCUCUCGGAAGCUGGCAAGAAGGUCCUCCUCAUUGAGAAAGGCCCACCUUCUCUUGGUCGCUUUGGUGGUACUAUGGGACCAGCUUGGCUCAAGGGAACCGGCCUCACUCGCUUCGAUGUACCGGGUCUCUGCAAUCAGAUCUGGGUUGAUUCUGCUGGUGUUGCCUGUACUGAUACCGACCAGAUGGCUGGCUGCGUGCUUGGUGGAGGCGCUGCUGUCAACGCUGCUCUUUGGUGGAAGCCUAACAGUAUCGACUGGGACCUCAGCUUUCCGAACGGUUGGAAGGCCGGCGACAUGAGCGCUGCCGUUGGUCGGGUCUUCCAGCGCAUUGUUGGCACAGAUAAACCCUCAUCAGACGGCAAGCUCUACAAACAGGAGGGUUAUGAUGUGCUGUCUGGAGCACUCGGUGCAGAUGGCUGGUCCAAUAUUAAGGCUAACGACAAGCCUAACGAGAAGCACCGCACCUACAGCCAUACUCCUUACAUGUACGAGAACGGACAGCGACAAGGUCCUCUUGGUACGUAUCUCGUCACAGCGAUGAAGCGAUCGAACUUCAAGUUGUGGACAAAUACUGCCGUCAAGCGGGUUAUCCGAACUGCUGGAAAGGCGACCGGUGUUGAGCUCGAGGGAGGAGCUGGCGGCUACUGCGGUAAUGUCACACUCAAUGCUGGUGGGCGAGUCAUCCUUUCUGCUGGUGCUUUUGGCUCAGCAAAGCUUCUCUUCCGCAGUGGCAUCGGGCCCAAAGACCAGCUUAACAUCGUCAAGGGCAGCGCUCAAGAUGGUAAAACCUUCAUCCCAGAGGCUCAGUGGAUCAACUUGCCUGUUGGCCAGAACCUGAACGACCACGUUAACACUGAUCUUGUCAUUCAGCACAAGAACGUCUCGUUCUACGACUUCUACCAAGCUUGGAGCAACCCCAUCCAGGCUGAUAAGGAUGCAUACCUCAACAAGCGUGCUGGUAUUCUUACUCAAUCUGCUCCCAACAUUGGCCCCGUGGCAUGGGAAGUCAUUAAAGGUACUGACGGCAUCGACCGUCAGUUCCAAUGGACUGCUCGUGUCGAAGGCCCAGGAGCAAACGAUACCCACUCUAUGACUAUUAGCAAUUACCUUGGUCGCGGGUCUACAUCUCGUGGUGUUGCAUCAAUCAACGGCGCACUUACUAUGACAGUUUCCAAGGCGCCGUACCUUCAGACCCAGGCAGAUACCGAUGCAGUCAUCGCCAGUCUGAAGAGCAUGAUUAAGGCCAUCCAGAGGAAUCCUCAGAUCGAGAUGCAGGUCCCGGCUCCCGGCACUACCGUCGAAGCAUAUGUCGCCAGCCUACCAAAAACUCCUUCUGCUCGCCGUGCCAACCACUGGAUCGGUACCAACAAGAUCGGAUCCGAUAGUGGUCUGACAGGCGGCACCUCAGUCGUUGACUUGAACACCAAGGUGUACGGGACAGAUAAUAUCCACGUCGUUGAUGCCUCAAUCUUCCCUGCCCACAUCACUACGAAUCCAACUUCUUACAUCAUUGCGGUCGCUGAGCAAGCAGCUGCCAAGAUCCUUGCGCUCAAGUAA